ACUGUACAGAAGGUUACAAUCUCGGCACCUACAGCACAAUGCGAGCUGUAUAUUGGAUCUUCCCUAGGUUGGCACCGGCUCCAUUCAGAGCGGAGUGUUGGAUGACCAUAGGAAGAACAGUGAUGCAACAUCAAAAGUUUGGCAACGUCAGUUUCGCGCGGACGUGGGCGGAGUACAAGUCAGGAUUUGGACAUUUCUAUGGCGAUCAUUGGCUAGGGCUUGAUCACGUGUCUUACAUAACCAAUAGCCGACCGCAAGACUUGGAUUUCACAGUUAUAACGAGAGACCCUGGUGAUCAGCUUGUACGAUAUCACUUCUACAACCAUUUUAAGGUGUCUGAUGAAUCCAACCAGUACCGUUUCACCUUCUCGUCGGAGAUGGGAAUAAAUGGUCUCUCCGACUGCCUGACGAGUUUGAAAAACGCGCCAUUCUCCACCAUUGACGUCAACAACGCUGACACAUGCCCUUCGGAUUUCAGCGCUGGGUGGUGGUUCACGUCAGGCAAUUGCUCUCCGUGCAACCCCAAUGGCCUCCUGCGCAGAGAUCUUGUCUAUUGGUCGCAUAACGUCACACACACACACUGGGCCUCGAUACCAGACAACUAUGGAAUUAUUGAAAUGACAAUGACGUUGAAAGCUUAA